GUCAGCGUCGAAGAGCGGUCGAUUCGUAGGUUGUGUUGUAGCGAAUAAAUUCGUAUUAAAAUUUUGACAUCGUAAAUUAUAAUUUGUGUAAUUAAUUAAAUCGUGUAUUUGUGCAUUACUCUGUGGGAAUCUGGAUUGUGGGAAGUCGCAUUUAGGAUUUUAAUGACGUACCCCCCACAUUGCGUGAGCACCAUGCCGACACAAAUCCGUUGCGAGCGCGUGCCCCCCGCAGACGGCAGCUGGGGAGCCCUCGACCUCAGACUACUGCAGGAAGACGACUUACCUUUGGAUCCACGUACAUGGGGCCGGGCGGAGGUCGGAGCGUGGGUAUCCGCCCGAGGCGGCCUGCCCGAGCGCUUCCCCAUGAACGGCAAGGCACUCUGUCUCAUGUCACGCGACAUGUUCGCAACCAGAGUGCCGCGCAACGGACAUCAGCUACAUCAGGAUUUUAGAAGAAGAUUAGCCAAAGCAUUAGCUCUACAAGAAUUCAUUGAGAAAAUGUCAGCAAAAUGAAAUACCAAAAAAUCUUUAUUGAUAAAGCAGAAUGUUUAAAAAUAGAGAAGAACACUAAUUAAUUAGUUAUAUCAAAGAUGAUUGUAAUAUGUAAAAGUUUGUAAGUUGCUGUAUUUUAAAUGUUCCAUGUACAUUUAGGGGGCAGUGUUCCCGCCAUCAGGAUGUGAUUACCCGCAAAAGUUUUUUUUUAAACAAAUAAUUUGCAGUAGCUCAAUAUUUUGCACUUAUUAGUUAUGUUCCUAUUAACGGUAGUUAAUCUUGUAAUAUUACUUAUAAUUUAAAUUCUUUUUGUUUACGUGAAAAGACAUUAGCUUGUAGUGAGAUUAAAUAUAGAUAACCAAAUGUAGGCAUAUUUUUAUCUUGUAAUUAUAAAACAAAACAAAUAUUGUCAAUAGUAUGGAUGGUAAAUGUUUUAUUUUGGCGCCAAUUAUUGACACUUACAGAAAAUGUAAAUGUUUAUAAGUAAAGUUUCGCAGUAUUUUCUUUAAAUCUGACA